UUGAACCUAAACAGCUCUGAGGCCGUCCUUCAGCCGCAGCUUUCCGCUCUUCACCGCCGCAUGUGGCAAAUAGCGCUUUUAAUAGGAGAUAAGCAUUUUUAAAUUAAUCAUAUGAAUUCGUAUUUUAGACUGCGUUCGAUGUUGUUUUUGUAACCGGUCCCUUUUUAUAUUCGAGUUAUUUAUUUGGGGUUAGCUUUAGCGUUAUUGCUAACUUGGCCAGUUAGCCGGUCAAGCUAGCAAGACAGUGUUUUAAGCUGGACGCUGUUCUUCUGAACUGCUGAAGAAGAUUUAAAUCUCUCGAUGACUCUUUGGCUGUGUGUGAAAAUCGCUGUGUGUUGAGCAUGAAGUGCACUAUAUAGGGUGCACAAGCCAUUCAGAAGUAGUUCCGGCUGUGAGGCGAAUCACAGGGUUGUGUUAAUGCGCGCUGUCGUUUCUAUAGUAACGAGUCCUUCAGUGUGGCUCCACGUUGUUUAGAUCUGAUGCUGAGCUCCAGAGGGAAUGGAUCCUGCUGCUAGGGUUAGAUCAUCUAAGGAACUGAAGAUUCAGAAAGCAGAGAGUGAAAAGGUUUUAAGCAAUGGGCCGAAGAGGGUUCCCGUGACGCAGAGCUGCCGCAAACCGGCACCAACUCCGAGCCACACGUCUGUGCUUGGUGUUUCUCAGGGUCCACAGCGUGUCCCAAGGCCUCGGAGUGAACAGACAAACCCAUGCAGCGGAGAGCAGAAUACUAACCCUGCUCAGAUUCAACCCAAACCCCAACCAGCAGAGAGUCAGUCCAUACCUGCUCACACUGCCGCAGAGUGUGUUGAACCCACAGAGUCCAAGCAGGAUAAAGAGAACUCAAAACAUGCCAGUGAGAUGACUAAUGCGUCCAACACUGAGAAGACGCCAUGGACUCUGGAGAACUUUGACAUCGGCAGGGCUCUCGGGAAGGGCAAGUUUGGAAGCGUGUACUUGGCCAGAGAGAGACAGACCAAGUUCAUCCUGGCCCUGAAGGUGCUUUUUAAGAAACAGUUGGAGAAAGCCGGCGUGGUGCACCAGCUGAGGAGAGAGGUGGAGAUCCAGUCACAUCUCAGGCAUCCCAACAUCCUGCGCCUGUACGGCUACUUCCACGACUCCGCCCGAGUCUACCUCAUCCUGGAGUUUGCUCCUAAAGGAGAGCUGUAUGGAGAACUGCAGCGCUGCAGGACGUUUGAUGAUCAGCGCAGUGCCACGUAUAUAAUGGAGCUCGCUGAUGCUCUGUACUACUGCCAUUCAAAGAAAGUCAUUCACCGAGACAUUAAACCUGAGAAUCUGUUAUUGGGAGCAAAUGGUGAACUGAAGAUUGCAGAUUUUGGGUGGUCUGUCCACACUCCAUCCUCGAGGAGGUCUACGCUAUGCGGCACGCUUGACUAUCUUCCUCCAGAGAUGAUCGAGGGCAAAACCCACGAUGAGAAAGUGGACCUCUGGAGCCUGGGUGUUCUCUGUUAUGAGUUUCUGGUCGGGAAUCCUCCUUUUGAGACGAAGAGCCAUGAAGAAACGUACCGUAAAAUCUCCAGGGUUGAGUUCAGUUAUCCGUCCCACGUGAGCGAGGGUGCUAGAGAUCUCAUCAACAGGCUGUUGAAACACAACCCGAUGCACCGACUUCCCAUCCAAGGAGUCCUGACUCAUCACUGGGUUGUGGAAAACUCCACCAAGAAUCCGACUACUUUCACUCGAGCCACUAAAGAGUCUCCGUGAGCAUGCUGUGUGGCUCCAACACAAACUAUGGAUUUGAGAUGCUGAGAUGGCAGUUGUUCCUGAGCCUGGCUGACUUUCCCUCAUGUGCACAUGACUUUUCCUUCUCCUGCCCUCGUUCCCUCCCUCCUUCCUUCCUGUAAAUAUUUACCUGUUCAGAAUUAUGAAAAUGUACCUGUUCUUACUUGAAACAAUAAAUCUGUUUUUAAAUGUUGCCUGCAAUAAGGGAGGUUCGUGGAGUUCUUAAAAGCAGUGAUUUGAUUUGAGUUUUUAGGCUCACAGCUUUUCCAGACAAUAGAUAAUGGGAAGUCAGAGUAAUUGUACGCAGUGUUCUGUAAUAAACAUGUGGCCGGUUUGCAGCCCUUCAGAAAUAUUAAUUCCUUUUCUAGAAAAGUGCAAUAUGUGAAUGUGAUCUGCUUUUGCUGGUGGGUUUGUGAGCUUGUGUUAAGCUUUUUGUAUUAUGAAAUGUUUCCCAUCACUACUUUAAAGCGACACUGAAAUAACUGUUUAUUGUGAAAUAAAUAGUUGAAUAUU